AUGCUGUCGCUGUGGGUAGGAGUUCUAAUUUCUCUUUCAUAUCUUGUGGGCAGUGGAUUCUUGUCGCCCGUGUCCAAGAUACCAGGUCCAUGGUAUACACGAUUCACAAGCCUGUGGAUCAAAUACCAGGAAUUUACUGCCAACAGAAGGGAAUCAAUUCACAAACUUCAUCAAGUCUAUGGACCCGUUGUUCGAUUGGGUCCCAACGAGGUGUCUUUCACCAGUCUCGACGCUAUCAAGGAAAUUUAUUCCUCGGGGGGAAGCGGAUAUGACAAGACAGAAUUCUACACUCUUUUUAAGCAGUUCAAGAUUAGUAAAAGGAAACGUAUUUUUGCGGACCGAUAUGCGAUGACAAAUAUUAUGAAAUCAGGGCCAUUGGCUGCUAUUAACGAGCGAGCAAUGGCAUUCGUGUCUCAUUGCACCGAAGCUGGCAAAAAGAGUGUUGAUGUCUAUGUACUGCUCCAUUGCUAUGCCGUUGAUUGUGUUACUUACUUCAUGUUCAGUCCCGGUGGAUUGAAAUCUCUUAACCUCCAAAAGGAUUUUGAGAUCAUGCAAGAACUCACUUAUCACCAAAGUCUUCAGAAAAGUCUACUCGCAUAUUAUCUUCCAUCCUUGGAGCCCUAUUUCCCCAAUUUCCUUCACCCAAGAAGCGCCCCAAAAGCAAACCAAUACGUCCUAGACAUGGUCAGCCAGACCGAGGUCGAAAACUAUACGCUGCUCGAGAAGCUCAAACGCAAAGAAUCAAAGCUCGACGCUAUGCACUCAGCAGCCGAAUGCAAAGAUCACAUGGCAGCCGGAAUCGAUACAACCGGCGACGGGCUCUGUCUCCUGAUGUGGGAACUCUCGCAGCCACAGAACCUGCAUUUCCAACAAAAGCUUCACGAAGAACUUCUCUGUGCAUCCCCCGAUACCUCGCUAGAUAGCCUUGUCUAUCUAGAUGCCGUCAUCAAAGAGGCGCUGCGCUGUUCCCCGCCAAUCCCGAUGUCACUACCUCGAUACGUACCUGAGGGCGGGAGGUUGAUUGAUGGGUACUUUCUUCCUGCGUAUGCGAUCGUAAGUGUGCAGCCGUAUACGGUGCAUCGCGCACAUGGACAUGUGUUUCCUGAGCCGGAUCGCUUUUUGCCUGAUCGGUGGUUGGCGGAGGAAGGGACCGUGGAAAGAAAUAGGCAUUUCUUUGCGUUUGCGACUGGGGGGCGAGGAUGUAUUGGAAAAAACCUUGCGUUGGUGGAGAUGAAAAUGUUGCUCCGGGAGGUGUAUUCGCGAUUCCGGACUACGGUCUCUGAGGACAUGGAAGGGUGUAUGACAUUGGACGAUCAGAUUAUUUCGGCGAGGCCUAAAAGCCAGACAUGUAAGCUGGUUUUUACGCCUGUAUAG